CGCUCGCGCUGCGUGUUCCCGCCUUUUGACUCCAGCCGAGCGAAUCCUGGGAGAGGGCAGGUGACGUCAACAGUCAGGCUCGAUGGCGGCGCGGCGGCGGCUGAUGGGGACCAGCGGCCGGCGCAGUCGGGCGUCAGCUUCUAAAGCAUCAAAUGGAACCGACAAUACAGAAGACUCUCCUCCUGCCAAGAAAACUCGAAGAUGCCAGAGGCAGGAGGUGAAAAAGGAGCCUGUGCCUGGAGGAACGGCUGAUGAGGACCGAACGGAAGACAAGCAAGAGUCUGUGAAGACCUUGCUGUUAAAGGGCAAAGCUCCCGUGGACCCAGAGUGCACCCUAAAGGUGGGGAAGGCCCAUAUCUACUGUGAAGGGAAUGAUGUGUAUGAUGUCAUGUUAAAUCAGACCAAUCUCCAGUUCAACAACAACAAGUACUAUCUGAUUCAGCUGUUAGAAGAUGAUGCUCAGAGGAACUUCAGUGUUUGGAUGAGAUGGGGCCGAGUUGGGAAAGUGGGGCAGCACAGCUUGGUGGUUUGUUCAGGGGACCUCAACAAGGCCAAGGAAAUCUUUCAGAAGAAAUUCCUUGACAAAACAAAAAACAAUUGGGAGGAUCGUGAGAAGUUUAAGAAGGUGCCUGGAAAAUAUGACAUGGUACAAAUGGACUAUACCACCAAUACUCAGGACUUUAGUUGUGGAGUCUCAACUCUUGCUGGGUCUGCAGGGAAGCUGACAGUGGCACAAAUCAAGGCAGGUUACCAGUCUCUUAAGAAGAUUGAGGACUGUAUUCGGGCUGGCCAACAAGGACGAGCUCUCGUGGAAGCAUGCAAUGAAUUCUACACCAGGAUCCCACAUGACUUUGGACUCCGUACUCCUCCAUUAAUCCGGACGGAGAAAGAACUGUCAGACAAAAUACAACUACUAGAGGCUUUGGGAGACAUUGAAAUUGCCAUUAAGCUGGUAAAGACCGAGCUGCAAAGCCCAGAACAUCCAUUGGACCAACACUAUAAAAAACUACAUUGUGCCUUGCACCCUUUAGACCAUAAAAGUUAUGAGUUCAAAAUAAUUUCCCAGUACCUUCAAUCUACCCAUGCUCCCACACACAGUGACUAUACCAUGACCUUGCUGGAUGUUUUUGAAGUAGAGAAGGAGGGUGAGAAAGAAGCCUUCAAAGAGGACCUUCAUAACAGGAUGCUGCUAUGGCAUGGUUCCAGGCUGAGCAACUGGGUAGGAAUCCUGAGCCAUGGGCUUCAGAUUGCCCCACCUGAGGCUCCCAUCACAGGUUACAUGGUGAGUAGAAAUUGAACCCUAGAAGGAGGCACAAGGGAAAAGAAUACAAUAAGUUUCUCAAUCCUAGUCCUUUUUUCUCCUAGAUUAUGAUUAGUGGUGCCCUUUCCAAGCAUUGAAU